AUGUCUGGGGUGCCUGCUACACCUCGCCGAACUGCUCACGAGAGCGCGACUCCUGCUGCUACCCCACAAACUACUCGAGUCGCCGCUUCGCAUACUGUUCAAGCGUCUCCUCACUACCAGACCACUCGCCGACAUUCACUCUAUGGAACUGAGGACCGCAUCAUUCUCGAUCCAGGCUCGCGUCUCUGGAAGGUAGGCUUCAGCGGAGAGGGAAAGCCUCGCGACGUGUUUCUCGCGGAAGGAGAGACUGGCCAGUCUUUGUGGACCUUGAAUCGCGCGUCCAACCCCGUGGAGAGGGAAGAGGAAGACAGGGUGCUCGAGGCGAAGCUUCAAGCAUGUCUACGCGCCGUGUUCCACAACUCUCUUUUGACCGAUCCGAAGUCGCGCAAGGUCAUCCUGGUCGAACACCCCUUGCUGCCCCUACACAUAAAGGAGAUUAUUGCGCGCGUGUUGUUCAAUAACUUGCAGGUCCCAUCAAUAUCCUUCGCCUCAAGUCAUCUACUCGCGUUACUCGCUGCGGGGCGUGUAACAGGUCUCGUCCUGGAUUGCGGCCACCUUGAAACAACGGUGCUUCCUGUAUACUCCUUCCGUCCUUUAUACCCCCAUCUCCGCACGACUCCCCUCGCCGGCUCACGACUUUCCACACACAUCAAAGCGUUGUUGCUCAUGUUCGGCACGUACAUCCCACCAGCGACCUCCCUCAGCGCCGCCAUGAACAUCCCCGCCGCCUCGCGCUCUGUGCGUGUCCCCCAGGACGUGCUCACCGACAAAGUGAUCGACGAGAUCAAAACCCGCUGCUGCUUCGUCGGCGACCCGCUCGAGACCGACGCGAAUGCCGGUCCCAGCGGCAGUGGUCGCGCCUCCUCCCCCAGCGCAGGCGGGGACGGCUCGGAGCUCGACCCGCCCCCGAGCGAGCCCGCGCUGUCCGAGUCCGAGUUCUCGCGCGUGUCCGCGGACAUGGACAGUAGCUUCUCGCACGCUGCGUCCUCGGGAUACUCCGUCGUCUCGCACUCGCAACUUACGGGCAUGGGUGGCAGCGGCGGGGACGCGCCGAGCCGCGUGCAGGCGCUCGCGACGAUGUACGGCCGCCACUCGACCGCGACGGACAUCCACAUGCGCGUCGACCCGCCGCCUGCGCAGCAGACGGGCACUGGGCGGGGGACGCUUAUUGUGCCCGGGUGGAUCCGGGAGCGUGCGGCGGAGGUGCUGUUCGAAGGUGGGGAUGUCGACGAGAGCAGCGUGGCGGAGGUCAUUUUGGACUGCUUGCUGAAGGUCCCGGUCGAUCUGCGCAAAACACUCGCCUCAACGAUACUGGUAGUUGGAGGCACGCCCAUGCUACCAGGUUUCAUCCCGCGUCUACAAGCGGAGCUCGUCCGCGCCGUUUCCCGCCCGAUUACGCCGUCCUCCUCGCCGCCAUCGAGGGCGGGCCGACCGCGUCCCGCAACGUACGACCGCUAUGCGUCUCUGCGCCCGCUCCUGCCGUACUUCGCGAUCCUCAACAACCCUUCGCCACCGCCUCCCGCGAGCGCAAACGCAGCGGCGAACGCGGGCAAGGCGCCCGCGUUCACCCCCGGGACGAUGGCGUGGGUUGGCGGGUCGCUUGCCGGGGCGCUGAAGACGGGCGGCGUGGAGGUGCAGCGCGAAAAGUGGGACGAGGCGGAGACACAGCCGGAGGUAGACGAGGAUGUGCUCAUGGAGGACGAGCCGCCGCGACUUGUCGUGUCGUCAGGGAACAUACUGCCAGACUGGACGCGGACGCCGCUGCCGGUGGGCGCGCCCCCGGCACCCCGCCCGCCGUCUGCGGCGCCUCCGCCGGCGCUGCAGGCGCAGUCCGUCGCAGGAUGA